AUGAAGCAUGUUUACAGUGCACACGAGGCGGUGUAUGCAGCACAAAGAGAAUAGUUUAUCAGUACAGCACAUACUGCAGCAACGUUGAGAUUGAAGCUUAAUUAGAAACAUGUCAAGGGACGGUUAUACAAUAGGGGAAAAAUCUACUAGUAAAACAACAGAUCCAAGGUUCUGGCAAUGUUUAGCAUUAGUCUUAGGAGUUAUAGCCCUUGUCCUUUUGAUAGUUGUAAUUGUCCUGGCAGCAAACAAAGAAAAGGAAGAUACCAACAUCCCAGAAUGCAAACGACUUCCGGUUUCCGGUGUUAUUGAUAUCACUGAACCUGAAAAACCUCCAAUAUUUCACGAUCUUACCAGAGGAGAAAUAAGAAUUAUAUUUGACUUUAUGCUUUCACAAAAGUCUUUAAAUUUAUCACAGCCAAGUAAAGCUGUACUUGCUUCUAACUACAUAUAUGCAAUGGAACUCAUUCUUCCAGAGAAGAAAUUCGUUCUACAGUCGACUCAACAAAGUCCACCAAUAAGGAAAGCGUUAGUUACAGUUUUUUGUGGCGGGAAAGCCGAGCCAAAUGUCGAGGAAUAUUGUGUAGAGUUAACACAGCAACUAAGUUUCUGUGGUGGGCCAAGGUCCAUUCCCUUUUCUUUUAGGCCAUUUACAAUACCAGAGUAUAUGUCGGCGCUGAAUGUAGUAACCGAAGAUGCCAAUAGAAUUGUUGGUGAUAUACUUCUUGAAAGUUUUAAGGGAUCUUUUUUUCAGUGUGGAGGGAACUGUUUGGGCGUAGAAAAUAUAACUCCUUAUGCCGCCAUGAUCGCAGAAGUUGAGGGAAAGGGAUACCGAGGAUUAUGGUUUCCAUUCCUUCAGCUGAUGGAACCAAAAAACUUGCACCCCGUAGAUUUUGCCGUUCUUGUAACUUUUAAUGGAAGUGCUGUUCCAGAAACAGCCGAUGUUUGGUACAACGGCCAAUCAUUUGCCUCACUCCAAGAUUUUAAGGACAAGUGGGACAAAGGAGAAGUUAGUAAACUGAUCUUAGAUUUUCCUCAGAUGCGUACGCAUGAUAAAAAAUUUCCAGAAAAUAUGCAGAGACCGCCUAUUGAAAUCGAACCCGAUGGUAGACGUUAUUACAUCAAAGAUCAAACAGUCACCUAUAUGAACUGGAUGUUUCAUUACGGAAUAUCCCCAUCUCACGGUCCUCAGCUUUACAACAUCAGAUUUAAGAAUGAAAUGAUUGUCUAUGAAUUAGGUUUACAAGAAAUCUGUGUUUUCUACUCUUCCUCGGAACCUGCUGGAAGAUUUACAAAUUAUUUUGAUUCUGUUGUAAUGAUUGGUCUUUAUAUGAAAACUUUAGUGCCUGGCAUUGAUUGUCCCUCACACGCAACUUUCCUAGACGCCACGCAUAUGUUUGAAACUUCGGAUUCCCCAGUCACUAACAAAAGAGCGAUAUGUGUAUUUGAACACAAUACCGGAAGUCCUUUGAGGCGCCAUCAUGCAGCCAGUGAAACACCUUCCGGUUACUAUGAGGGUGCCCCUAAUGUUGUACUUAUACUAAGAAUGAUUGGAACUCUUGUAAAUUAUGACUACAUAUUUGAUUUUAUUUUCUAUCAGAAUGGUGUUAUGGAAACCAAGGUCACUGCUUCCGGAAUAAUUAUCUCCUCAUUCAAAUCUACAGAUAAAAAAUACGGAUUUCAGUUAACCGACCAAGCAUUGGGAACCCUGCAUUACCAUUUCUUUAAUUUUAAAGUAGAUCUUGAUAUUGGAGGUUCUAAUAAUAGCUAUUCAACUUACGAAGUAGAAGCAGAUGAAGUGCCAAAUCCUUUUUCUAAAGCAUCCAAUCCUUCAAACUGGCACCAAGAAAAAGUUGUCAAGGUUGACUAUGCCACAGAAAGAGAAGCAGCAUACAAGUUUAAUUUCAGUUCGCCUAAAUAUCACGUAUUUUACAAUGAAAACAAUAAGGACAAAUAUGGCAACCCUAAAGCCUACAGGAUACUUCAGAAAAGUAUGGCCAAAAACGUUCGAACACAGGGAGCAGGAAAUGAACCUGGGUCACCUUGGACACGAUACCAAAUGGUUGUCACAAAACGCAAAGAAACAGAGCCCCAUAGCUCAUCAAAAUACGCCACAUACGACGGCGAGAAUAGAACAGUGGAUUUUGAAGAUUUUAUUGGGGAAGAAAAUAUAAAUGGCGAGGAUCUUGUUGCCUGGGUUACAAUGGGUGUGCAUCAUAUUCCACACUCCGAAGAUUUACCCAUAAUGCCAACUCCCGGAACUGAUCUCAGCUUCCUGUUGCUUCCUUUUAAUUACUUCCCUGAAGAUCCAAGUGUCGGAUUCAACGAUAAUGUACGCAUACAAUACGACACUCCUACAGGCCCACUAAAGAUAAAAAAAGCAAAAACAUCAGAACUGAAUUGUCUUCCCCCCAAAACGUAUUCUGUUGAAGAUUUAAUGGGCCAUCCUGAAGAUUUUAUAAAUCGUCCGUGAAAAAAAGUAUACAACAAUUGAUAAAAGUAGUUGUGAGAGGCGAAAGGUAAUAUUUUGAUAUUUGGAAUUAACCGACAAAAGAUGCAGCAAACUAUUUUUAUGAAACCGAGAUACUUUAGUGUAAUUUUUGGAUAAAGGAAUGC